CAGGCAGUUCCUUUGGAUAUGCUGCAAAAGGUCAACCAUUAGUUCUCAGUGAUCACGACCCACGAGCGCGCACCUCUUCUUGUCUUCGGUUGACUGGCGUGGGUCCCGCUACAGACAUACCCCUCCCUCUGCGUCCCCGCCGCCAGCAUUCCUUCUCGUCUUGCUCUGGUUCAGAGACCCCGGGCCGACCACAAAGCUCACCUCGGGCACACCUCGCGACUCUCACACACACACACACACAAACACAGCCUCGACAAUGUCCGCUCUCAUCCCGCCUCCGACGUCCGUCUCCCAGGCUGCUCUGGCCGCGACAAUGCUGCUGGCCGCGUGGCUGACUUUCGUCGGCGUCACGCCUCCACACGUCCCUCCCUCCGAUGACGAUAACGACGGCGACAACGACGACGACAAUGAAAAGACUGCGAAGCAUUCCACAUCCUCCUCUGCCGCUGGCUCGGGCAGCAGCGCCAAGACUGCUGUCAAAGCCCAGCAGCAGAAGCAGAAGCAGCAGCAGCAGGCGCCCCCCGACGACACGAUCCGCGCAAUCCAGCUCACCACCCGCCGGGGCCCCAGCAUCGUCUUCAGCCACAUCGCCUUCCUGGCGUCGUACGCCGCGUUCCUCGCGUACAACUACGACCCGGCGACAAACACCCUGCCGGGCAUCUCGGGCGCGACAACGGCCUGGGCCGCGCCCUACUGCCACCUCAACAAUGACAACAACGGUAACAACGGUAACAACAGCAGCAGCGGCAACAGCUUGCAGCCAGCACUCCUGACAUGGUCGCCCCACACGAUCCUCCCGCUCCUCAGCAUCAUCCUCAUCGGCGCACCCUUGCGGCUGAUCCCCUACUCCACGCUCGCCAAGAACUUCACCUUCGCCCUCACGGAGCCCGACAAGCUCGUGACGAGCGGGAUAUACAGCCUGGUCCAGCACCCCAGCUACACGGGGCUCGCGGCCCUCUUCUUUGGUAACUCGGUCCUGUACUACCGCUACGACACACCCCUCGCCGCGUGCUGGUGCCCGCCAGAGUGGUAUCCCUGGAUCAAGAUGCUCGCCGUGGGGUUCGUGUGGCCGACAUUUGUCGCCGCGGGCUUCUUUGGGAUCAGCGUACGCGUCCGGCAGGAGGAGCGCAUGCUCAAGGCCAAAUUCGGCAAGGAGUGGGAGCAGUGGAACUCGCGCACUGCUAGAUUCAUCCCUUAUCUGUUCUAGACCUGAGAUGAUGUCCAAAACGAGUAAUGUCACAAACAUCAAUAAACACAGAUUUUGCUUGGAU